UCAAGAUAAGGAUGUAGAUUAUAAAGAAAUGCUAGAUAAUGAUAUUAUAGAAAGAAUAUCAUUGUUAAAUGAAAGUAAUCAAAAAAAACAAAAUUUCGAACCUUUAAAUAAUGAUUUGUUGAUGAUUCAAGAGGAUGAUGAUAAUUCAACAAUUCAUGAUUAUGAAAGCUCUUUAAAUAUUUCUUUUCAAGAAAUAUUUGAAGCUUUUGAUAAAAUCUUAAAAUUUUUAAAAAAUCCACCUGAAAAUAUAGAAAUAUCUCAAUUAGAAAUUAAAUCAUUUAAUU